AUGAAACAACCUGAAUCACCAUUAUCCAAUCUAAGCUUCACUCAAACUUAUGUGUUGGCUUCGAAAGUUAAACAAAAAUUACAAAAAGAUGCUAUUAAACAAGAUUCAAAUUUAAGAAUGAUAAUUCUUCAAGCGAAUAUGUUAGAUAAGAUGGUCAGUUAUUUACAUACUGAAGUUAAUAAGAAAAUGAUGAGUACUUCAAUGCCAUUGGUUACUGCUAGUAUGAAUUCCGUAUCCCAUUUACCUGUUACGGUACAUGAUAGAGAAGUUGCUGCUCAAAAUAGUGUUCUUGAAAUUGUCGAUGAACAAUGGGAAAGUGAUCAAGGUGAUGAAAAUGAUAACUAUUCUGAAGUAGUUGCUACUUCUCAUCGUGUCAUUCAACAUGAUGAAAAUGUUAAUUAUACCCAUAUUGAAUCCACUGCUGUUUAUGAUGAUGAUUCAGAUGAGAAUAAUUAUGCCUACAAUGAAUCAGAAAUUUCUGAUUCUGAUUCUGAAAGUUACGUUGAUGCAAACAGUGAUUAUGACGAUGACGAUGAUGACGAUGAUAGCGAUGAUAGCGAUGAUAGCGAUGACUGCUACUAUGAAUCAGAUGAAACUCAUUCAGAUUCAGAAUUAGAUUCAGAUUUAGAUAUUCAUGAAAAUGCAAUGAAUGCUCCAGUCACUUUAUCUCAUUCCCAUUCAAAACCAAUUCCUCAAUUAUAUCGGUGUCUGUCAUACUUCUAUGACGAUUAG